AUGCUUACCCGUCUCAGCUUCCAUGGACUGUCCUCAGCCUAUGUAGUUUCGCGUACCAGAGGCGCGUCAUGCGUCCUCCACAAGCUAAUUGGCUUCAAUCCCACCGUAUCCCAUCCCGUGAGGGUUCAACGCAGCCUAGGGGCCGGCUUUUCAUCACUGAGGAACCCGGAGAGCGAGUCUGUACCGCACACGGCAGACCGACCAAGGGACUCGUUGCGCCAUUUUAAUGGCGUGGAAUCAGACCAUCAGCCCUCCAACUCCGAAUCAAAUGCCUUCCCGCCAUUGACCUCCCUCCUGCCAUCGAACGAGCAGCAUUCUUCGCUCUCCACCUACAUCUCCCACGCUCAGCGCGUCAAGCUUAACCCUGCUACUACGACCUACACCGGGACGAGAUACGAGUACCUGGCGCAAGACUCCCUGCAGCGACUAGGGUUCGAGCUCCUCCGAACGGGCAAGACCGGUGAUCGAGGCGUGGAUCUGGCGGGCUGGUGGCAUCUUCCAAGUCCCGCGAGCGGUAAUGAGAACCAGCAGACGGAAAGAUUGAAGGUCGUCGUACAAUGCAAGUUCGUGAAGGGCAGACAGCAGUCGCCCUCGGUCGUUCGCGAAAUGGACGGAGCAUUCUUGGGUGCGCCUGCGGGAUGGCGAAACGGCGCAGUGAUUGGUGUCGUUGUGAGUACACGGCCAGCCACCAAGGGUAUCAUAUCCGCUCUGGGUUCCAGUAAGAGGGGCAUGGUCUGGAUCUGUAUGGAAGAACAUGAGGUUCCGAAGCACGAGGAGGAUCUAGGCGCAGGCAACGCUGAGCUGUCACUGCAGCAGCUAUCGAAGGAGGAGAACGGUGAUCAAGAGCCUGCAGUAGCGGACCAGGAGAAAGCAGCCUAUCACACGGUUCAUGGUCGUGUCGUUCAGCUCCUCUAUAACGACGCAGCUCGUCGGCUUGCACUGGAAGGCCUCGAUGUUCUAAAGCGGCAUGGUGAUCAGGGCAAUAUUGAUGCUGCACCCAGCGACGGUAUAGCAUUAUCUUAUCGCGGCAAGGGAGUUCCAAGCGUAUCAGUCCGAUAA